UGCCUCUGUGGGUCAUUUACAAGGAAAGUGUGCUGAGAACUUCCUUGUAGCAGUUGGGUGGAGACUCCUCGUGAAACCAGUUUAACGUUCAUUUCCCUGUCAGCUGUUGAGAGAGGAGCUCCGACUUCCAGGACUCAGAAACAAACGCGUCCGCUUGCAGGAUGCUUUACACGGAGUUGCUGCAGCUGUGGAAUGAGUCUGUGCAGCUGGUGGAUGCUCGGGACUGGCUGGGUGCUCUGGAGAAGCUCCAGCAGAUCAGUGAACCAACGUCUCGCACACACUUCAAUGCAGCCUCAGCUCACCUAGCCCUGGGACAGCUGGAGAUGGCUCUGAAGUCUUUAGACUUCACAAUCGCCAAAGAUGAACGUCUUGCUGUUGCCUUCUUCCAGAGAUCAGCAGUCAUGAUGCAGAUGAACAGGCCAGAGGAAGCUCUGUCAGACUGCAUCUGGGCUCAGAAGCACAUGAGAGGAAAUGUUGUCAUUGACUACAGACAGCUGGGACUAAGAUUUAAACUCUACAGCUGGCAGGUGUUAUAUAACGCAGCAGCUGUGUACUGCAGGAUGGGCCAGUGGGAUCAGGCUUAUGAUGUCCUGCUGUCAGCCUCCCAAGAGCAUGGUGCAGGGCAGGUGGGGGAUAUCAAUGCAGCAUUGGACAGCAUAGAAAGAAGGGAGGAUCUGUCUCUACUCCUGGUACCUGAAGGUGUGGUGUUCCGACCCAGGAAACAAGAGGUAGAACAGCUCCAGCAAAAAGACUUCUUGGGGAAAGCAAAGGUGAUUACUUCUAUGAUUCCUGAUGAUGAUUUUGGAGGUUUUGAACCUCUGAGGCAGCAGAAACCAGGUUUCUAUGACCCGAAGACUGAAGGAGAUCAGGAGUCCCGUUACGUGUAUGUGCGGGGACCUCACGUGGCUCGGGGCCCGGGACAGCUGACUGUGCCUGGAGGAGCCAUGGUGUUUUUAUUUGGGGAGGAGGACAGAAAUGGAAUGAUGAAUGUCAUAUAUGAUGGACAGGUAAACCAUACUGGGUAGAAUGAAGGUGUGUUUCCAUUGUCAGAACUUGUCAGAAAACCAGCUCAGU